AUGAGUUUCAGUUUCCAGACCAUCCUAGCUGAUAAAUGCAAGGAUCUAGACUCGGGUAAGGGUGUUGAGUUGAAUUGUCAAGGUGAGGAUAAUGGAUACACCCCUAGUAAAGGAGUCACCUCACCUAUAGAUCAGAAUAGUGGUAUGAAGUUGGUUGUUGAUAGUGGAAGUUCUGAGGAUGGAAAGGAGGCUGCAAUAAAUGCAGAUACUUUACCUAUAGAGCCCACUUAUCAUUCUGCUCUUUUAAGUGAUCCAGAAGAUCAAUUCAUUAAGGUAGCUAUACAACCUGAUAAUAAUGAGGUUAAGGGAGUGGCUAAGAGAAGGAUAAUAGUUCCUAGAAAGAAUAAACAUGCUUUUCAAACUAUCCCUGUGGAUAUGCAUCCAAAAAGGUUUCCUCUAAAAGGAACUUGA